UGGUUAAGAAACCGUGAAUUAAACAUAAUUUCCCAACACAAUGCAACAACGGGCGGAAAAUAAAAACUGAUCAGAGAUCAGCCAUCCGUUGUUGGAGAACUUCGCGCAUGCGCGGAGGGGCCGGAGGGCUCGGAGUUGCUGUCAUGGCCGCUUUCGGGGUGGUGUUGUUUUGGAAUGCUACUACUUUAUGGGAACUAUUCAACAUAUCUGCCAUGAAGCCUCAUCUAUGUUCGUGUCGAGAUAUAUUUGCACCUUUGCGGAAUCGGCACACGUAAAAUGAUUAUGUUUUGAUGAUUUAAGGAAGCGUAAUUUUGCAAGGAUAGCGGCUAACAGUGAGGUGCUAGGCUAACAGGCUAGCUGUUUACCUUUGUGUGAAAUGGAAAGUGAGUUGCUGUCGUAGUUAUUUUUAACUGAAGCUGUAGUAUAUCUCGCUCUUUGGAGAAAUUAGUUGCUUUCCCCAUCAGAAAUAUUAAUGUCUAACCAUGUAGCAGUUGCGUACAGUUAUUGAAAGAACAACAGUUGUUGAAUUCAGGAUGAAUGAGAUGAACCUGAGUCCUGUGGGCAUGGACCAGCUCAGCGUGCCCUCAGUGAGUUCCGGCCACCUGGGCCUGCCCACCUCCCCCACACACAAUCCAAUUGCCACUCCAGGCAUGCCAGUAGCCAUCCCCAGUCUGGGCCCUUCCCUCGGCUCCCUUCCUUCUGCUUUGUCUCUGAUGCUCCCCAUGGGUCCGCUGAGCGACAGAGGAGUGAUGUGUGGCCUCCCGGAAAGGAAUUACUCCUUACCGCCUCCUCCAUACCCCCAUCUAGAGAGCAGCUACUUUCGCCACAUUCUGCCUGGUAUCUUAUCCUAUCUGGCUGACCGUCCACCCCCUCAGUACAUUCAUCCCAGCAGCCUCAACAUGGACGGGACCCUGUCCGUGGCCAGCAACAACCCCUCAGGGCUGGACCCGUACAGUGGCCCCGGGGGCCCGCUGGAGCAGGGUUUGGUGCCCAUAGACUCACGACAGGUCAGUGGGCAGGGAGACCUCCACCAGGCCGGCCCCCACGAGCUGGACUCGACCGGAUUAGCCAUGGAGUCGCGCGUCAGCAGCCCUAUCUCCCCCAACCGUAUGGGAGAGGAGCUGGCCAAUAUGGACGGCGUCGGGGUGGUGUCAGACGGCCAGCAGCAGCUCGGUGGAGGGAGGCAGCCUCAGCCCCACGAGGGCCUGGCAGGGGUCGACUCUUCAGGGGGGGUGAUGCCCCUCCACGGACCCCCCGUCCUGGAACUGCCCGUGGUGAUGGAGCCGGAUCACAUGGGGGGGAGGGUGGGCGGGUCUGGUGGGGGAGGGGCCGGGGGACUAGGGGAGCAGCUCCACACGAACGGGGAACUGAACUCGGGCGUGGUGAGCGUGGUGCUCACGGGGUCCAUGGCCAGCCAGGGCCAGAUGGAGCAGGUGUCCCUCCACGGUCACGCUGGGAUGGGACUGGAGGGGGUUAACGUGUCUCCCAUCACUGCAGAGGUGUCUCUGGGGCCUGAGAACCACCUGGUGCUGGUCAACUCCACUCUGCAGCUGGAGGACUCCACUUCCAACAAGGAGAACAUUGUGACAGCCUACACGAUCUGGUGCACCCUCUGUGAGCGGUCAUACACCUCAGACUGCCCAGAACACGGCCCGGUCACUUUCAUCCACGACACGCCCAUCCAGAGCCGGGCUCGGCUCUCUCUGCCCCGCCCGCUCUGCCUGCGCAUCUCAGUGGCCGACGAGCCUCUCGGGGUUUUUGCACGGGAUGUCAUUCCCCCGAGGACCUGCUUUGGACCAAUGGUGGGCCAGCACUGCAGCAACGUGGAUCUCUCCGAUUGGCCAGAGAAGGAAACCCCUCAGAUAUGGAAGAUGUAUCACAACAACGUGCUGGAGUUCUACAUCGUGACAACAGAUGAGAACGAAUGCAACUGGAUGAUGUUUGUCCGCAAGGCAAGGACCCACGAGGAGCAGAAUCUGGUGGCGUACCCGGCCAAUGGGAAGCUUUUCUUCUGCACCACCACAGAGAUCCACCCGGACCAGGAGCUGCUUUUCUACUACAGCCGGGACUACUGCAGGCUGAUGGGUGUUCCCCAGGUGCCGGAGGGCCAGAUGUGCCAGUGUGGCAAAGAGUGCUCGUCUUUUUCUGAGCUCAAGUCUCACCUGAGCAGCCACAACAGCAGCCGGGGCCACACCCAGCCCCCCCACGGCCACAGCCCCCCCCACCAGGACCCCACUCAGCAGCCCCCGCCCCCCCCGCCACCGCCGCCACGGCAACAGGAGCAGCAGCAGCCGAACAUCCACCCGGGGGAGAAACUGGCCAAUGGCGGCUCCAGCUCGUCCUCCUCCCCCUGGCCCCUGAACGGCCACCAGGACGGGGGGGGCCGGAGCUCCUCCAGGGCCAAAGGCCAAACCAACGUCCGGGAGAAGAAGUUCAAGUGCAGCAUGUGCUCCCGGGCCUUCAUCACCUCCACCAAGCUCAACGUGCACUUCAUGGGACACGUGGGCAUGAAGCCCCACAAGUGCGAGUACUGCAGCAAGGCCUUCAGCGACCCCAGCAACCUCCGGAUGCACCUGAAGAUCCACACAGGUCAGAAGAACUACAGGUGCUCGGUCUGUGAGAAGUCGUUCACCCAGAAGUCUCACGUGGCCUCGCACAUGCUCAUCCACACCGGGGCCGAGAAGCUGAAGUGCGACCUGUGCGAGCGGGCCUUCUUCAGGAAACACGACCUGAAGCAGCACAUGUUCUCCCACACACACGAGCGCAGGAUCCAGUGCCCAAAGUGCAACAAACACUUCCUGAAAACCAACCACCUGAAGAAGCACAUGAACUCCCACGAAGGCCGAAGAGACUUUGUCUGCGAGAAGUGCCACAAAGCGUUCCUCACCAAGUACCACCUCACGCGCCACCUCAAGAUCUGCAAAGGCCCCAAGACAGAGAGGCCGGGGAGUAAGGAGCAGGACGGGGAUGAGGAGGAAGAGGAGGAUGAAAGCAGAGGGAGGAGUAGGAGACGAAGAGGAGAAAGACUUGUGGAUACAGCCAGCGAAGAAGACUGUGGAUUGGACGUGGGAGGAUAUAACUCUGACAAAUCCCUGUCGCCGCCUCAUUGAAAACUGUGCCUCUUAAGAUUUUUAUUUAUUUACUGGUCAUGUUUACCUCUUGUAUCUGCCAAAUAUCGCCAUAAGGAAUCCAAAUUCUAAAUAUCUCACGAGAUCUCUGUUUGACUUUCUGUAUUUGUUGCCUCUUUAUUUCAGCUUUGGUGGGUUAUGUGAAAUUUCAAUAACUUUUUGCCUCAAAAAGGGGCAGGUCUUCUUUUGUUUUUGCACAAUAAUGUCAAAUACGAAUUCUGAGCUGAAAGGUUCAAAGCUGAAGUCUUUAUACUUUUUCAUCUUAAGAAUAUGGGCAUUAAAGUAAUGACUGACUAUGAACUCUUAACCAAACUGUUGAUUGUUUUAAUAAAUAAACAGGAAACAGAAU